AUGGCAUCUCUCAUCACCACGAUCCAAUCCAAGCUGGGCUAUUCUUCCCAGAAGGCCCUCCUUCUCGGCGCCGGGUUCGUCACCAAGCCCACCGUCCAGAUUCUCGCAGAUGCGGGCGUUGAGGUCACUGUUGCCUGCCGUACGCUCGAAAGUGCAAAGAAACUAUGCGAAGGCAUCAAAAACACGCGCCCAAUCUCCCUCGAUGUCACCAACGAAGAGGCACUGGAUAGUGAGAUGGCCAAAACCGACCUUGCAAUCAGUCUGAUCCCCUAUACCUUCCACGCCACCAUUAUCAAGUCUGCAAUUCGGAAGAAGAAGAAUGUCGUCACCACCAGCUACGUGUCUCCGGCAAUGUUGGAGUUGGAAAGCCAAGUCAAGGAAGCAGGCAUCACGGUCAUGAACGAGAUCGGUCUCGAUCCGGGGAUCGACCAUCUCUAUGCUGUGAAGACAAUCGAGGAGGUCCACAAGGCUGGCGGCAAGAUCAAGUCGUUCCUAUCAUACUGUGGUGGACUGCCGGCGCCCGAGGCUAGCGACAACCCCCUGGGAUACAAAUUCUCGUGGUCAAGUCGAGGAGUCCUGCUUGCGCUGCGCAACUCGGCCAAGUUUUACGAAGAUGGCUCCAUCAAAGAAAUCGCGGGGCCAGACCUCAUGAGCAGUUCCAAGCCGUAUUUCAUCUACCCCGGAUUCGCGUUCGUUGCAUAUCCCAACAGAGACUCGACGCCAUACCGAGAAAAAUACAAUAUCCCCGAAGCCCAGACUGUGAUCCGUGGUACGCUGCGGUACCAAGGUUUCCCUGAAUUUGUCAAGGUUUUGGUCGACAUUGGCUUCCUUUCGGAAGAAGAGCAGCCUUUCCUCAAACCAUCCGCCGACAAGAAGCCACUGACCUGGGCAGAAGCCACGCAGAAGAUCAUCGGCGCGACCAGCAGCAAGGAGUCCGACCUGUCGUGGGCAAUAAGCUCCAAGACGACUUUCAAGGACACACCCGAGAAACAACGCAUCAUCUCAGGAAUCAAGUGGCUCGGCCUGUUUUCCGACAAACCAAUUACGCCACGAGGCAAUCCGCUCGACACACUCUGCGCCACUCUCGAGGAGAAGAUGCAGUACGAAAAGGGGGAGAGAGAUAUGGUCAUGCUGCAGCAUAAAUUCGAAAUUGAGCACAAAGAUGGGAGCACGGAGACCAGGACGAGCACCCUCUGUGACUACGGUGACCCCAACGGAUAUAGCUCCAUGGCGAAACUGGUGGGUGUCCCGUGUGGCGUGGCUUGUUUGAUGGUGUUGGACGGACGCAUUAACGAGAAGGGUGUCCUGGCGCCGCUGAAGUGGGAGUUGGCGGAACCUAUACUGAAGGAGUUGAAGGAGAAGUACGGGAUUUUCUUGACCGAGAAGACAGUCGAAUAA